CCCUGUUUGGCAACAAUUUAUUCAUCUAUAUACCCUCAUCUCCCCACUCAGACGCUCGCUUACUCACUUCACCAGACACCAUCUCUGUGUCUCCCUAACUUUCUCUCUCUAACAUUCACCAAACCCUAACUUUCUCUCUCUAGAAACCAACCGAAAUGGAACCACCGACCACGGCGGCGCCGCUAACAACAAGCAACAACGCCAACAAGAAAACGAUCGAAGAAACCUACCAGAAAAAAAGCCAGCUGGAGCACAUCCUCCUCCGUCCUGACACCUACAUUGGCUCGAUUGAGAAGCACGUGCAGACGCUAUGGGUCUACGAGAACGACACGAUGGUGAACCGGAGCGUCACGUACGUCCCCGGCCUUUAUAAAAUCUUCGACGAAAUACUUGUCAACGCGGCCGAUAAUAAACAGAGGGAUCCGAAAAUGGACGCGCUGAGAGUGACGAUUGACGUGGAGAAUAACAUGAUCAGUGUUUAUAAUAACGGCGACGGAGUGCCGGUGGAGAUUCAUAAGGAGGAGGGCGUUUAUGUGCCGGAGUUGAUUUUUGGACAUCUGUUGACUAGUAGUAACUACGAUGACAGUGAGAAGAAAACUACCGGCGGGAGAAAUGGCUAUGGAGCGAAAUUGGCGAACAUUUUUUCGACGGAGUUUGUCAUUGAGACGGCCGAUGGUAAGAGGCUGAAGAAGUAUAAACAGGUUUUCUCCAAUAACAUGGGGAAGAAAUCUUCUCCAAGCAUAACGAAGUGUAAGCAGGGUGAAAAUUGGACGAAGAUUUCCUUUAAGCCUGAUCUAGCAAAAUUCAAUAUGGAGAUGCUUGAAGAAGAUGUUGUCGCAUUGAUGAAGAAGCGUGUUAUUGAUAUGGCUGGCUGUCUUGGACAUAAUGUGAAGGUUGAGCUCAAUGGGAAGCGUGUUCCUAUUAAAUCGUUUCAGGAUUAUGUUAAGUUAUACCUGGGUACUGUCUCAGAAUCUGAAGCAGACAUCCCUAAAAGCUUCUACCUGAAAGUAGGUGAUAGAUGGGAAAUAUGCGUGAGUACUACUGAGGGUCAGUUCCAACAGGUCAGCUUUGUCAACUCUAUUGCGACAAUCAAGGGUGGGACUCAUGUCGAUUAUGUUACUAAUCAGAUCACUAACUAUUUGGUGGGAUUUGUUAAUAAGAAGAACAAGACUGCCAAUAUCAAAGCUCACAAUGUGAAGAACUAUUUGUGGGUUUUUGUCAAUGCUCUCAUUGAUAACCCUGCUUUUGACUCUCAAACUAAAGAGACUCUCACUCUUCGUCAAAGCAAUUUCGGUUCUAAAUGUGAACUUCCAGAUGACUUCCUGAAGAAAGUAGCGAAGUCUGAUAUUGUGGAAAACCUGCUAUCAUGGGCAAAGUUCAAAAAUGAGAAAGAAUUGAAGAAAACUGACGGAACCAAAAGAGGAAGGGUUAAUAUUCCAAAACUGGAGGAUGCCAAUGAGGCCGGAACAAAGAACUCUCAUAAAUGUACCUUGAUAUUGACUGAAGGAGAUUCAGCAAAGACUCUUGCAAUUUCUGGUUUAGGUGCAUUGUCUCAAGAUGUUCGGGACUUAUAUGGAGUGUUUCCAUUGAGAGGUAAAUUGCUAAACGUAAGGGAAGCCACUCCUAAACAGCUGAACGAGAAUAAGGAAAUUGAAAGCAUAAAGAAGAUCCUUGGGUUACAGCAAAGUAAGAAGUACGAUAAUACCAACUCUUUGAGAUAUGGACAUCUUAUGAUAAUGACAGAUCAGGAUCAUGAUGGUUCCCACAUCAAGGGCUUGUUGAUCAAUUUUAUUUAUUAUUUCUGGCCAUCUUUGCUGAGAAUUCCAUCAUUCCUGGUUGAAUUCAUCACUCCUAUUGUGAAGGCCUCUCAUCGCAAUGGAACUGUUUUAUCCUUUUAUACCAUGCCAGAGUAUAAAUCAUGGAAGGAAAGUCUGAUUGGGAGUGCAAAGGGUUGGACUAUUAAGUACUAUAAGGGGUUAGGAACAAAUGAAAAAAAAGAAGGAAUGCAAUACUUUAGAGAUAUUGAAACUCAUCAGAAAGAUUUUUUUUGGGAGGAUGAAGAAGAUGGUAAUUGCAUAGAGCUGGCCUUCAGUAAGAAGAAGAUCGAGGCAAGGAAAAACUGGCUUCGGCAAUUUCAGCCUGGCACUCAUCUUGACCAGACGAACAAACUCAUCAAAUAUAGUGAUUUCAUCAACAAGGAGCUUAUCUUGUUUUCUGUGGCUGAUCUGCAAAGAUCAAUACCUUCCAUGGUUGAUGGACUAAAGCCAGCUCAAAGGAAGAUACUUUUUUGUUGUUUUAAGAGGAAUUUGGUCAAAGAACUUAAAGUUGUCCAAUUACAAGGUUAUGUGUCUGAGCACUCGGCUUACCACCAUGGGGAGGCAAGUCUUCAAUCAACAAUCGUUUCCAUGGCACAGAACUAUGUUGGCAGCAACAAUGUUAAUCUUCUUGCACCAAGAGGUCAAUUUGGCACUCGUUGCAAUGGAGGCAAAGAUCAUGCAAGCCCAAGGUACAUCUUUACAUGUCUAUCUCCAAUUACAAGGUUCCUGUUCUCAAAAGACGAUGACAGUCUUCUUGACUACUUACAAGAAGAUGGCCUUUCGAUUGAACCUACUUGGUAUGCUCCAAUCAUACCACUGGUUCUUGUGAAUGGCUGUGAAGGAAUUGGCACUGGGUGGAGUACUUCUAUCCCCAAUUUCAAUCCAAGAGAUAUUGUUGGAAAUAUAAGACGUUUGUUGAAUGAUGAAAGAAUGGAACCUAUGCAUCCUUGGUAUAGGGGUUUCAAGGGAACGAUUGAAAGAGUUGCAUCGAAAGAAAGUGGGGCGAGCUAUGCUGUUAAUGGAAUAAUUGAGGAAGUGAAUGAAACUACUCUGAGGAUCACAGAAUUACCAGUUCGGAGGUGGACUGAAGAUUACAAGGAUUUUUUGAAUUCUGUUGUAGAAAAUGGAAGAGAUGAAAAGGGAAAUCUAAUCAAGGAUUCCUUUAUCAAGGAUUUCAGGAAGUAUGGCGAUGAUGUUUCUGUAUGCUUUGAGGUUCUGUUGUCCGAAGAGAAAAUGAGUGAGGUCAAGAAAGAAGGUCUGCUGAAAAAAUUCAAACUGGCGACCACUAUUAGCACGUCUAACAUGCAUCUCUUCAAUCCUAAAGGGACGAUAAAGAAAUAUGACAGCCCCGAAGAAAUCCUUGAAGAGUUUUUCCACUUGAGGUUGGAAUUGUAUGAGAAACGGAAGAACCUUAAACUUCUUAGUCUCGAAAAGGAGUUGCUGGUGUUAGAAAAUAAGGUGAGGUUUAUUCUUGGGGUUGUUUCAGGAGAAAUUGUGGUGAACAACAGGAAGAAGGCUGAUUUGCUAAUGGAGCUACGGCAGAAAGGGUUCACUCCUUUUCCUAAGAACAUACCUAUUGAAGCUGUGGUUUCUGGGGCAACUGAUGAUACAUUAGCAUCUGAAAGUGGAGAGGAGGAAGAUGCAGAGGAGUCCGUGACUGCCAAGUCUAAUGUACAAGCUGAUGAUUACGAGUAUUUGCUGUCUAUGUCUAUUGUAUCAUUGACGCUUGAGAGGGUUGAGAAAUUAUGCUCUGAGAAAGAUAGCAUCAAUGAGGAACUUGAAACCUUAAGAAGGAUAGCUCCAAAGGAUUUAUGGUUCAAAGAUCUUGAAGCUUUUGAGAUGCAACUUGAUAAAUUGGAAGCUGAGGACGCAGCGGAAAGACAGAAGUCUGCAAAUGAUAAAAUAAAUGGUCAAGGUGGUUUCAAAGUUUCUCGACAAGGACCAAAAAAUCCUAGGAAGAACAACAAUACAGUCAAAAAUGAAGUAAAAGCAUCCAGUUCGACAAUAGAAACAGAGAGUGUUGCUGAGGUGGUUAAACCGAAGGGAAGGGCAGGUGCAAAGAAGGCUCCUGCUAAGAAGCAAGACAAACCCACUCUUACUUUGGUGGAUGAAGAUGAUGAAGUUGAAUCACUGAAAGAUCGAUUGAAAGCUUAUACACUUGAUUCCUCACCUGAACAAUCCAAUGCCAUGGAAACUGAUGUGCCCCAAAAACCUGGUAGGAAACCAACAAGCAAAAGGGUUCAGAAGAAGCCGUUGUCCGACAGUGAGGAUGAUCAAGUAGACCUUGAUGAUGCAGACGAUGACUCUGAUGUAGAAGUAGUACCUGCACCACAAGCUAAAAAGAAAGGAGGGAGAAAGCCGGCGGCGACGGCUGCAAAUCCCAAGGCAGCCAAACCCCAUGCAGGCACAAAGAAAAGAGGAGUGGGUCAGAAACUUUUGACAGAAAUGCUGAAGCCGGCUGAAAAUGCUGGAAUAUCCCCGGAAAAGAAAGUCAGGAAAAUGAGGGCGUCUCCGUUUAACAAGAAGAGUGGUUCAUUAUUGGGCAGGGUGGUUGGCCAGGGAAUUGAGGCUACUACUGCCGGAAUGGGAGAGCUGUCUGUUUCUACUUCGCCAUCCGGUGAUACAGACGAAGUUGUUGAAGUGGCAGCGAGAGCUAGACCACAGAGAGUAAACCGCACACAGAAUAAGUAUGUGAUAAGUGACUCGGAUAAUGAUGAAGAAGAGGCUGCUGAUGAAUCCGAUUUCGAGAAAGAUGAUGACACCGAUGAUGAUGACUUCGAUGCGGAUGAAUGAAGAUUGUAGAUUGCUUAUCCACAGGAGUUUCUGAUUAGCAAGUUGAAAACGGGUAAAAGAAUUCUCAUUUCCCCAGCUUGAAAUAUGUAAAUGGUAGCCUAUCUGUAAUUUUUACUGCAUAUUUCCAUGCAUAUACACUUCAGAAUUUUCUUUGCGGUUUGAUCUAAUGGUAUCAUAUGCAUUGGUCUGUCAAAGAGACAUGAUUAGUUGAUGAUUAAUUCUUUUUAACAAUGA